GUUACGCCAACUAUAAAUCCCCCAUCCCCAUCGGAGGUAUAUAUAUAUAUAGUUGGUCAUACGUCCUUUUUAUCUUCCGUAGCUUAUAUCCAGAACAUCGCAACCCAUUUUAAACUUUCAUUCACCUGCCACUACCUCCAGCAUUAAGACCCCAGCUGCUAUAUAACAUAUCGCCAAUCCAGCAAUCAGACGAAGGAAGUAUUCAAAAAUGGCUCCCAUCGAACGCAUCACUCUCUUCAACAUCCCCAAUGAAGAAGACCGCAACCGAGUUCUAGAGCAAUACAAGAUUCUAGCAAAGACAGCGACCAAGGACGGCAAACCGUAUAUUGUUGCUGCUGCUGCGGGUCACUCUUUCCCGGAUCCCCGCAACAAGGGGUACACGCUAUCCGUCAAGACGACGUUCGCUUCGUUGGAGGAUAUGAAGUACUACGAUACCGAGUGUGAAGCGCACAAGGCUCUGAAGGCUGUGGCCGGACCGGUUAAGGAGGAUGUUUUGACUACGUACUAUGAGAAUGUUCUGUAAACGAAUAUAGAUUUUUCUUUUCGCUUUUCUUUGGUUCGAGGCUGGAUGGGGCUAAAUCUGCAAGCCCAUAGCCUUGAUUGACAUGUGUUCAUGACAUAUACUGCAUACAUUGGGAUCUCUUAUUCUGGUGAUCAAGAAAAUAUCCGCUACACUAAGUCAGACACUGAAAGCAUCAGAGGGAUCAAACAGGACGAGACCGGGUGUGGUCUGGAAAUGACCAAGUCACUCAUAACAUGAAAAUCGCUUCAUAAGAUGCCUGCUCAUAAAAUAUCUCGGUACG